UUUAUAAAUUUAUUACUCAUCAUGAAAACCUUCUGGAAUUGGACAAAAGCUAGGGUUAACUCCAUUGACAUGUUCUAUAAACCGGUCAGUUUGACUUACCAAGGCAAGGAGAGAUAUACCUCCUUCUUUGGAGGUAUCGUAACUGCAUUACUUGUUUGAGGCAUCAUGACAUAUGGAAUCCAGCUCUCAAUACGUAUGUUUACCAGAUCUGCUACCAGCAAGGCUAAGAAUAGUAUUGAGAGGGAUCAAAUCUUGGUCUCUGAUUACUAUGAUUUUGGCCAUGAAGACUUAGCAUUCGCUGUCUUUAUAGCAACCGAUGACUCAUUUACUCCUUUUGUAGACCCAAGCUAUUUUAAUGUGACAAUUGCCCAACUAAGUUACUCCUAUGAUUUCAAAUCUGGAGCUCUCAGUGCAGAUUUGAAAGAAGAGGCAAUGGCUAUCUGCAAAGAAAAUUUUCCAUUGCUUGAUAAGAAGUUAGAAGAGUUUAGAGCCUUCUUUUCACAAAUAAGCUAUUGACCAACUCAGACUGACUUCUCAGUUGGCGGGAGUGUUUUCUUUAACACUUUGAAGACAGUUCAAAUUAAGGUCAGAAGAUGUGUAAAUGGGACUUCCGUUGUCUGUAAAUCAGAAAGUGAUAUUGAAGCUAAAGCAAGAGAACUUACUGUCACUUUUAUUGUCAGUUCUAAAUACUUCGAUUUUGAUGAUUUCGAAACUCCUAUUAAAAGGGUCGCUGAUGACCAGUUUAUUUUCAAGAUGUCUUCAGGAUUGAAGAAGUAUUCUGAAUUAUAUGUCAAGAGAAGUACAGUGACCCUCUCUGAUGAUUUACUUCCCUUUGGGAAUGAUAAGGAAGACUCCUUCCUGACAAUCGAUAAUUAUCAGAAGGAUCAAGAGACUCGAGAUAUGACCGAUCCUAUAUUUAUCGACCUGGAAAUCAGACAAGAUUCGAUUGUAGACUCUUAUGAAAGAAGAGUUUAUUCUAUCCUCGACCUUUCAGGUCAACUUGGAGGAUUCUUUGAAGUUCUUGCAGUAAUCGGAGGAGCUAUUGUUCAUUAUUUUUCUACAAAAAUAUACAACUACUCUCUUUUCAAGCAACUAUAUUGAGUUGACUCAAGUAAAAAGGAAAAUAAAAGAAAAGAUUUUCAGAUUGCUCCAAAGAAAUUUAAAAAUCCGAUUUCUAAAGGAGGGCCUAAUAAUAUCAACACAGACGGCAACAGUCUUCUUACUAAAAUUGAGAGAAAGAUAAACUCUAAGCGAAGAUAUGACUUCUCUGCAAAAGACUACUUUAAGUCUUGCCUGCCAUUCCUAAAGACCAAGUCUAGAGCGGAAUUCUCUCUGCUCAGAAGUAAACUAAGCGGAGAGUGAGACUUGCCGUCAAUUUUAUGUUCAAUACGGAGUCUCAAGACAUUGCUACGUGUAGUUUUGAAGGAACACCAAGCAUUGAUGAUGGACUUCGACUCUAGAAGUAAUUAUCUACACAAAGAGGAGGAAGAGGCCUCUCUCUUGAAACCAAGUGAUUUCCCAUGACCGAAACAAGAGAGCCUAAAGAAGAUCGAUUCCAAAGUCGCGACCUUGUUGGACAAGUUAAAAAAUAUGGACGAACACAGAAUUGAGCGGGAUGCAGACCUAAUUCUUGGAAUUCCAACUAUACCUGAUGCUUCGGCCGAUGGAAUCCAAUCUGCCAGCCUUCUGAUGAGAAGUGGAAGUAGUUCCUCAAAGAACAAGCAGGGAUCGGUUGUUGGAUUUCUAGAGGAAGCUAAGGAUAUAGCGGAUAUUGAGCGAGAAUUUAAUUUCUAUAAAGAUCAAUAG